GGGCCGGGCCGCGCCGCCACCCCCAUGUGUCGCCAAGUGCGUAGGAGGAGGAGAAGGCAGCUGCCGUCGCGCGGGGACACCGCCGCCGCCAGCCCUGUCGGCGCAGCGCUGCCGCCGCAGCCCUGCAGCGCCGACAGCCCCGCGGCGCCCUGCCCUCGCGGCCACCCGCCCGACCUCAAGGCCUGGAGUGACACUGCAAAGCGCUCCAGUGUAGCAGCCUUCUUCAUGUCAUAUCUGCAGACGGUAAUGCGGAGUCUUGAAGGAAACGUUGAAGAAAUUCAACCCACCGUGUUAAAGUAUUUGUUGGACUCUGAACAUGCGACACGUAAAACCUUAACAAAACUUAUGUGUGAAAGAAUCCUCACGUUAGUUGGCAACAUGGAUCGGCCAAAACAUCUGGAACUCUUCUUCCUAAGUGAAUGA